UUGAACGGGGCGCGGGGCCGAGUCUAUUCUUGUUUCAGCUGCCAGUCGUGGCAGCUUUAGAGAGGGAGAGGCCGGUUGCGAGGAAAGAUUUUCUGGCGGCGGGCAGCAAAAUGAAGUUCCUCAAAAAUGAGGAUUUUGUGGCACAGACUAAUACUCCGCAAGAAACUCUGACUUUGUUAUCAUUGCUGAAGCAAUACCUCGUAUGUGGGCCUAAAAAUGCAGACUGUUCAAAAGAAGCUUCCAUGCAAACAUCAGCAUGUGAUCGGGUCCUUCGGGCUUGCAUCUACAGGUUCGGAGAAGGCUUGGACUGCCCUGGUCAUUUAAAAAGCCUUCAGGCCCUAGCUGACAUGGCUUAUCAUGGCUACGUAUCUGCAAGACUUCAAUAUGUUCCUCUCUAUUUGGAAAGGCUACUCUACCACUUGCUGCGGGGAGCAGCUGCUAACGGCCCAUCUGAUACUUGCCUGAGGUUUGCUGACCUUCUCUAUGCUGAUCUGUUGAAGCACCAGCCUCCCCAAGUGCCUGUUGAUGACUAUACCUCUAUUGCCAAAAGUGCAUUUAGUGUACUGUGGAAGGCCACAGACACUGUGGCCAAAAUGGAAAAAAUGCCUGCUGAGUUUAAGCUUGAACUCUCCACCCAGCUACAAGCAGUGAGGUUCUUAAUGCUCUUGGAGCAUAACUCUCCUACCCUUUUGCUCCAUGAACCUCCAUUCUUCACCUCCAUAGUGGCCCGGCAUGCUUCGGCUGCCACUGUUUCUUUUGAGGCCCGGUGCAGCCCUCUGAAGAAGGAAGAAGCCUGUUUUCUCAAUGAGCAGCUUUUCCAUCACUUGGUGGCAGCCAUUUUGGAAAAGAAUGGUGUUAGUGAACCUUUGCCCUUCCAGGACUGCCUCUGUAUCUUUGAGCUUAUGGUGUUAAGAGUACGUUACCUCUGCAAAACCGGCUGUUUCAGACAGAGCAAAGAAGUUAUUCAGCAGUCUAAAGUCUUCUUGAGAAAAUCCAACAACGAGUCCCAUUGCUUAAGACUCACUUUAGACAUUCUCUUGGCUGGUAUUGAACUGAAUAAAGCACUGUUAGUUGGCAAAAGUCCUAUAGGUCCUUUUUUCAGCCAAGCUGCAGAAGCUCUAAACUAUUCUGUGGGUGCUCAAGAACCCCUCCUUAAAGUGCUGGCUGAAAGUGGCCAGUUGCUUGUAACUCCUUUAUAUGAGCGUGCAAAAAAAGAUAAACAGGCACCUUUUGAUUUGGAUGAUAUCCUGAGGGUUUCUACAUUCAUGGAAAGUUAUUUCAGGCUGCUCUGCAAGCUGCUAGAUAUGGUUCCAAGAGACAGUGUGAAAAAGCAGCAAGUUCUGGUGAAGCUACUAUAUUAUUACUUCCAAUUAUACACAACUGUGGUGUAUGAUUCUUUUCAGAUGCUUCCGGGAUUGGAUUUUUGUGGCCUGCCACAGUUAUUAGCAUCUUUUCAAAAGAUUGUUACCCGAAUGCUAGAAAUGCUGGAAGGACUCCCUAAGACAGACCAGGCCGAAUAUCUGGAUCUCUCAGCAUAUUGUGUAUCCCGGCUGGCCUAUAGAUUCUAUUCUCAUAAAAUGUAUGUAGAAUCUAACUCCACAAUGGGGCAAUUCUGCGGAUGGCUAGUCAGAAAGGCCAGAUGUACAGACUUGUCCACAGAAAAGCUAAACAACUGCUUUAAGCUGCAAGUAGAAAACUACAGGAAGCUGGGCUUGCUAGAGGAGGGUCUCCAAACUGUAGUCCUCUGGUUGACUUCUCAUCACAGCAAGUUCACAGAACAGAUGGUAGAGCCCGUCAGCUCUUGGGUCAAAGUCAAGAUGGACACCAAUAAAAAUGAUAAUUUGAGAUUGAAGACUUUGAAGGAAGGUCUUGAAGAGUAUCACUUAGACGACGAGAUCCUUGUGAAAGUGCUGUUGGAGGAGCUGAAGGCAUACAAAGCUGUGCGACUUGACACUGGCCAAGAGCGUUUCAAUGUGAUCUGUGACCUCCUAGAUAUAUGUUCAGAAGGCAGCCAAUGGGUCCACGAAAGAGCUUUUAUCCUGGUAGAAUUGGCCCAGGUGCUGUGCUAUCAUGAUUAUAGUGAGCAAACAGAAUGUUCUGCUCUGGACUCUAUAAACGAAGCCCUGAGGUUGUUAGAAUCUGUGCCAAAGACUCCACAGAAUGAGGAACAGCUCCAGGAUGAUAAGGCCCAGGCUUUACUCUGGCUUUAUAUAUGCACAGUUGAGGAAAAAAUGCAUGAGAGUAUCAAGCAAGAGCAGAGAACCAGAAAUACUCAGGGACAAAAAGACACAGAUGUUCUUCAGAGCUUUGAAACCAACGAUCUCACUUACGAGGAUAAAUCCCACGAUGACAAGUUCCUGUAUCUUGGCAUUGCAUUUAAUCUAUGUGCAGAUUCUGUGCAAUCCAGAUGUUUGGAGGAUGCCCUUGCCUUAUGGAAACAGCUCCUAUCAAAAGGCAGGAUCCCAGCUGUGCGGAGCAUCGAACAGACAGCAGCAUCCCUGCAUAUCAUGGCAGCUUUAUACAGAAUGAUGGGAAAGCCCUUAGAGGCUAUAGAGAGCUUCUUCCUCAUAAUAACUCUUUCUGGUGCACUUAAAGAUUUUGUUGGAAAAACCAGUGCCUUGUGCCAAAUAGUUAAGCUCCUGUUCCAGCUAGAGUGUCCCAGUUAUGCUGAGACUCUUUUAAAGGAAGCUGAACUAUGCCUGAAAAAUGUAGAUGAAAAUAAUAGCUCCUACUUGCUGAUGAAUCAAACACUGGCUGUGCUCCGUAGCAAACUGCAUUUAGCAAACUGCAAGAUUGAAGAAGGCCUCAAUCUAUUGAUAGAAAUCCUUCAAAAUCCAACUUUGCAAAGAUCCUCUAAGGUCUGGUAUCUGCUGCGAGCCAGUGCUCUCCAGCUAACUGCUGCUUAUCUUAUCCUACCUUCUUCCACUCUCCCACUGACGCUCAGACAGAAGCUCUCUGUUCAAGGAUGGAAGACACCUGAAAUAGCUCUAAGCGAUGCACACAAACUGUACCGUAGCAUCCUCUUGAACUUUUCACUCAUUACCAGCGAUGCAUCAACAAAAGAGUCUCUUGAGCAUCCAUUUAUAGACCAUGGUGAUAACCUGGUGCAGAAAUGGCAGGUGCUGGCAGAUAUGUUUGUUUGUUCAGAGCGUUUUGUGUCUCUCCUUAGCAAGAUUGAGAUUGUAAGUGAAGCCAAAGCUUUUUGCCUGGAAACGCUCAAAAUUUCCAUGAAGGUGCAAUCCAUUCGAUGGUGUGCUCGCUUUCUGGUUCUGAAGAGCGAGCUGGAGCUCCAGCGCAACAAUCUGGAUCUGUGUGGCUCAGAUCUUGAGCAGGUCCUCUUUCUUCUUGAAUCGGGCACAGUGUUUGAAACCAAAGGAGGAAAGGGGGAGGUGAGAAUCAAGCCCAAAAAAGGAGGCCUUAAGGGCAAGAAGCCCGAAAGCCUGCACUUGGAGUCUACCGAAGAAGAACAGGCUUUCCUGAAUGAAGCCUGCCUUGAAUUCAUUGAUACAGUCUCUGUGCAGAAGACUCUACCUACUUCACCUGUGCUGAGACCGAAGCUGAAGAAACAGCCCAGUUUCUUGAGCCAUUCAGAUAAGUGCUGCUGUUUGCUAUGUUCUGAUGUGAUCCUCUCCACCAUCUGCCUCCGUUGGCUGAUCACCUCUGUGGAGGGAGAGCUGACAUUUGGGAAGAGAGGGGAAGGAUUGCAUCUCCUUGAGGCCAUUCUGCAACGGUGCACCACUGUGGCUCAGCGCAUCGCCCAGGCGGUAGCAGGUGUAUGUCGGCAGGAAGGGAAGAAAGUUGUCACUCCAUGUCAGUCCACCGUUGGGCUCCUUGAUGGCCUAAUGGCCCACAUCUACGUGCUUCUGACAAAACAAAGCAUGAACAGCAGUAGACCAGGGAAGAAACUCUGGCAGUUUCUGGAGAAAGGUUUGACCUUCCUUUCCUCCAAAGGGCCUCAGCUGCUUGAACUUGAAUACUGCAGGGCCCAACUCCUACUUGCCAGAGCUGUGGCUGCAAUUUCUGUUCUCACUUCCAGACAAGACAGUUGUGCAGAAAAUAUACUGUUCAGUACUUGGUCCUGGAAGUCCCCAUUGCCUCUUACUGGAGACCAAGAAAUCAAGCCGGGAGCAACAACAGAAGAGACUUUCAAUACAGUUUAUGCAACGUCUCUGAAAAGCAGAACAAAGAAGCAGCCAGGACCUGUCUCAAAACCGAAGCCUAAGAGAAUCGGAGGGACCAAAACUCGGCCUGUGAUCAAUCUAACUGACCCCUUUGCCCUGGCUGACUCUGAUUCAGACACUCCUCCCAUUGUUCUUAAGCCCCCUACCGAAUCCUUCUGUACCCCCGCCCAAAAAUCCCUUCCGGUCUCCAAGAAAAACCUGUCCUUAAGUGCCAAGUCCAUCAUUACCCACAAGGCUCCAUUUGUGGUGUUUGAGGAAUCCUCUCCAAAAUUGAACCCUGAACUUCCAAAGGCUCCCAAAGUAACCAGGAGAAUGAAAUCCCGAAUUAAGAUUCCCUUCAGCGAUGAUAGUGAUGUUGAAGGCCAUCCAGAAGCAGAGCCAGAAUCCCAGCUCCGUGUUGAGAAUGAACCAAUGGCUGCUACUCGCAGGAUGGGACGGAGGGCAACAUCUAACAGAAAACCAGCUAAGGCAAAGCUUGCUAAAACAGAGAAGUGCAACGCUGGGUCUUCACAGGACUAUUCCAAAACGGUAAACCCCCAGCUUGGGAGGCCAAGCACUAGGAGAGGCACUAGGCAAGAAAAGCAAGAAAAAAUCCAGAAAGCUUCCAAGGAGAGAAUUCUUCAGGAAGAUCAAGGAGGAGGAGAAGAGAAAGAGAUUCUAAAGACAAAUAAGGAGAGCCCAGAAGACAACAUUGAAGUCUUGCGAGGUUCUGAUGAGGAGAAAGCUGUUAACGAAACUCGAGGACAACCAAGCACAGACGAUCAGGAGGUACUCCGGAGAGAUUUUAGCACUGUCUUACAGGGAGAGUUUUCAGCUACAGAGAAGAAAGUUUUGGAAGAUCCCUUCAACUUGCAUGCACUUGCCUCCUCACUAGAUGCACCUGCUGACAUCUUAUCCAUGGGCUCAGUCUAUGACUCCCUGCAAGCUGCUUUUCAUUCAAUUGCCCAUUAUCCACUGGGUGCCCUCUACAACCAACUCUGUCAACUCAUGGCACUGUGUAUUGGGAACCAGGAUCCCAUUGCUACUGCCUAUCUGGUUUCUGAGUCAGUCUCUAUCACUCUUCGUCAUCAGAAGAUGACCAUGAUUCAUAAGAAAGUCAACAAAAUGAAAAAAACAUCAGUGGCCGGUGUUUCCAAGCAACUGGAGGCACUUAGCCUGCAAGAAGGAAAAGCAGAUUCUCAGCUUCAGCGGCUCUUAGAACUUCAGAACAUUUUUGAGUUCAGUUGCCCCAACUCAACAGGGUUGGAAACGAAGAAAUUCAGAGAAGGCCUGCAGGAAAUCCCGCUUGGAGUCACAGUGUGCAUAAUGACUCUGGUGAGCACCCAGCCAGAGACCACUGGGGACAUCCUCUUAUUGACAAGGUUAGAGAAAGGUGCUACCCCUGUGAACAUCCAGAUACAAACUCUGCAUGCCAAGGUCUCCUUAAGUGAACUCGAAGCCAUCCUGGAAAAACAAAAAGAGAUCUCAAAUUUCACACAGAAAGAGGAUUGGUGGACUGGUCGGAUAGCAUUGGACAAAAGAAUGAUGGCGUUGAUGGAUUCUCUGGAGACACAUGUGCUGAGCUGCUGGAAGAUUGCACUCCUACCAGCCUGUGAGGAUGACAGCUUGGUAGAAGAAGCCACCCAUCUCCUAACACGUCUCAGAGAAUGUGGUUGUGAAAAGGUCGAUUUAGCUUUGCUUAAGGUCAUACUGGCUGGAUCCCAUCUGUUAACUCCACAACUUGUGGAGCACUUGGUACGGGGCCUUCACCCAGCUCAACCGGAGAGAGCCCUGAGCCUUCUACAGGAGAUAGUGGACAAACUGAAAUCACAUACUGGCCAGGCACCAAGUGGCCACCUGGUACUUGUGCUGGAUAAACAUCUCCAGAAGCUUCCCUGGGAAAACAUACCAUGCUUAAGAAGCCAGUCAAUAACGCGGUUACCAUCUCUACACUUUCUGCUUAGCUACUUAUUUAUGAAAAAGUAUCAGGAAGAGACUAUCCUCGACCACGGAGUCAAUAGCAGCAAUACCUUCUAUGUUCUGAACCCACACAAAAAUCUUCCUGGCACAGAGAAGAUGUUUAAAGAAUGGUUUCAAGGUGAACCUGGAUGGACAGGAGUGGUGGGUGAGGUUCCCAGUACAGACCAAGUACCACUGGCCCUCGAAAAAUGUGACCUCUACAUCUAUGCUGGUCACGGGGCAGGCGCACGCUUUGUGGAUUCCAUCUUAAAAAUGGAUUGCAGAGCUGUGGCUUUUCUUUUUGGCUGCAGCAGUGCUGCUCUAGCUGUACAGGGCAACUUGGAGGGAACUGGUGCUAUCCUCAAGUUCAUCAUGGCAGGAUGUCCCCUGGUGCUGGGUAACCUCUGGGAUGUAACAGAUCGAGAUAUUGAUCGCUAUAUGCAGGCACUUCUGAACAACUGGCUCAAGGCAGGUUCUGGAACCCCUUUGCUACAGUACAUCAUUGAAUCCCGCCAGGCUCCCAAGCUCAGAUACAUGAUUGGAGCUGCUCCAGUUGCAUAUGGCUUACCAGUAUACCUGAAAUAGAAAACUCAACAAAACAUGAGGAAAGGGGGUUGAAUGAAUUUAUUAUUAAAUUUUGAACUGCCUUAAGUAUAGAUUGUGUUUAAUUGUGUUUCAAGAGAAAAGAGAAACAUUUAAUUUAUGCUAAUAUAUUUGGUCAGUCUGCCUUACCUUUUAAUUGUAGCAGGCGUGCAUUAGUUCUUAUAGAAGAACCUAUGUAAGCUGCUAUCUUUUGAAAUAUGUAUCACAUUUGUACAGAGUAAACGUUCAACAAUUAUUGUAAGUUAUUCUUAAAUCGUAUUUUUAUUUUAAUGUUUCAAAACCUCAAUAAAGGUUAAAAGCAAAUAACAUCUAUGUAUUUGUUGUUAGUUGCAAAAUCGUGUCCGACCCAUCGCAACUCCAUGGACAAUGUUCCUCCAGGCCUUCCUUACCAUCCUCUGGAGUCCAUUUAAGUUCACACCAACUGCUUCAGUGACUCCAUCCAGCCACUUCGUUCUCUGUCAUCCCUUUCUUCUUUUGCCCUCAAUCUUUCCCAGCAUUAGGCUCUUCUCUAGUGAAUCCUUCCUUCUCAUUAGGUGGCCAAAGUAUUUGAGUUUCAUCUUCAGGAUCUGGCCUCCUAAAGAGCAGUCAGGGUUGAUCUCUUCUAGGACUGACUGGUUUGAUCGCCUUGCAGUCCAAGGGACUUGCAGGAGUCAGCGUUCAAAGGCCUAAAUUCUUUGGCGCUCAGCCCUUAUGGUCCAAACAUCUGUGUAUACAUGCAGACAAUCCUGAACCUGGAGCAGGGGAUAUGUUCAAGUCUUGACUGAGGAUGUUUGAGCUGACUUGUCUAGGCUUAAGUGACUGGGCUAAUAUGGGAAAUAGGUAACAGUCCUGUCAGACUUUGUAUUCCAACUUUCAGCAACCCCAAUCAGUAUAGCCAUUCAUUAGGGAUGCUUGGGAAAGCAUGCAAUUUAAAAUAUUUGUAUUCUACUAGACAAUGUAUACACCCCUCCUUGGAAUUUUAGUUCUAGCUUUAUAAAAAUUAUAAAUUAGAUAAGAGCUUGUUGGCAGCAUACUUGAAAGUUGCUGCUAGUAAAUGACUUGGUAAAAAAAGCUGCACAAUUGUAUUGUGUACAGUUUCUAUAUUUUGUUUUGGCAUUUUAGCCCCAAAAUUUCUUUUUUAUGUGCUGAUUAAGCAAGAUUUGAGUAUAUGAGCAACAUAUACCCAGAACUGGAUAAAUUAUUUACCAUAACAUGGGAAAUAAACUCUUUCCUGUUUGAUCUCCAGCCUCUGAUUUAAAUUUCCAGAGGCUAUGACAUGGAAUGUGGAGAGCAACUUUGGUUGUUAUAAAGUUCUGUUUUUGCACUGAGAAACUCUUGUUUUGAUCUUAGGGAGACUUCAUGUUCAGGGAUGUCAAUAGAUGUAAUCUCUGUGCAUACGCAGUAGAAGGAGACAACCCUCUCAAAUCCAAAUCCUAAUAAGCUGCAUUCUUGAAUCAAUUGUUUCCUCUACAGCUCAGAUUCAAAAAGGAGAUAUUUAGUAAAUCAGAUAAUUUUGUAUUCACUUUUAGUCAGUACUUCAAAGGCACAGGUUACUUUCUAAAGCAAUCUUAAAUCAGUUUUACCCAGUUUGGUGUGCCUCAGUCAGCUACAUUGCAUCAGAUGAGUUACUUGGUUGAUCAGGAGAACAGUAGUUGAAGUCAUAGUAUAUCUGGAGGGGACUAUAGAGGACGUACUUGUAAUAUAGCACAGGAGGAAUUCUGGGAGUUGAAGUCCACACAUCUUCAAGUGGUCAAAGUUGAGAAACACUAACCAGUAAAUGAGUAAGCAGACUGAGGCUGCGGUUAGACGCCGCGAUGCAAUGAAGACCUCAGAUGCCCUCCAGAUGCAUGGGACUGCUCUUUGCGUCAUCCCCAACCAAUGGGGAUGGUGUCUUGAGAACUUGUGGGUGGUGUUAGAUCAAUAUGGUAGCUUUGGGAGGGGGCAGCAGGGGACUCAAUUAACCUGAUAGGGAAAGUUCAAAUAUAAAAGUGAGCACGAAUCAUUUCAAUCACUCAUAAUAGAGCUAGAAGGGACCUUGGAAGUAGUCCAACCCCUUGCUCAAACAGAAGACCCUAUGUCAUUUCAGACAGAUGGCUGUCCAGCUCUUUCAUAAAAGCCUUCAGUGUUGGAGCACCCAGAACUUCUGAAGGCAAGCUGUCCUCUCUGUUAGGAAGUUUCUCCUUAAUUCCAGGUCGCUUCUCUCCUUGAUCAGUAUCCAUCCAUUGUUUCUAGUCCUGCCUUCUGGUGCUUUGGAAAAUAAGUUGACCCCUUCUUCUUUGUGCCAAUCUCUCAAAUGCCGGAAUACUCUUUUAUAUUUGCACAGUCCAAAGAAACCAAACGGAGUUCCGAUUUUUAUUUAAUAUAGAUCUGAUCAUCUGGACGCGUUUAGUGCAUUUUUUUUUCAUACAUUGGUAAGGACGCUUCCGCCUUCUUAAGAAGGAUGGGGGGCGGGGCGUCCCGAGCCGUAAGCGUCUUUCUAUUGGCUGGCCUGGGCGGCCCUUUCGAUUGGCUGUGAGUCACAAAGGGCCCCUUGAUCAUAGACUGCAAA